UCAAGUAUAUAGAGGGAAAGACGCUGUCAACCACUUUCUAGCAUCUUUAUUGGAAGAAGAAAGGGGCAUCUUUGAAAUUUUGAAAACUGUAGAGCCCAUGAUUUUCACCCAAGAAAAUCAAUGGGCCUACGAAUCUGCCUCUGAAUGUCAUAUCUGUGAGAAGCCAUUGAAUGGAGAUAAGGUAAGUAUUAUUCGAAUAUUAUAACUUCAUUCAGUAAUAUGCAUUAUAAUAAUGUGUUUUUAAAACAAAUUUUUCAUUUUUUAGGUGCGGGACCAUUGCCAUCUUUCAGGAGUCUACAGAGGAGCAGCUCAUAAUGGAUGCAACAUCAAUUUCAAAUUUGCAAAUUUUCUACCCGUGGUCUUUCAUAAUCUGAAGGGAUAUGAUUCUCACCUCCUGAUGCAAGCGGUGGGAAAAUUCAAGGACGAAGAGAUUAAGUGUAUUCCGCAGAAUUCAGAAAAAUUCAUCUCUGUUUCUUUGGGUCGUCUACGCUUCAUCGAUUCUCUACAAUUUCUGAAUGCUUCUUUAGAAAAGCUCGCGGCUAAUUUGGAACCCCAACAAUUUCAACUCACAAGAACCUAUUUUCGGGAAAAAACAGAUCUGAUGCUUCGAAAAGGUGUCUACCCUUAUGAGUACUUAGAUUCGUUUGAGCGAUUUGAUGAGCCGCACCUUCCACCUCUCUCUGCCUUCUACAGCCAUUUAACAGAGAGUGAUAUCAACGAUGAGGAUUACCAACAUGCGAACAGAGUCUGGGAAGAUUUCGGAUUACGUCAUCUAGGAGACUACCACGACCUCUAUGUAAAAAGUGAUGUUUUGCUUCUGGCGGAUAUUUUUCAAAACUUCAGACGACUAUGUCUUGAUUUUUACAAACUGGAUCCGGCACAUGUUUACACAGCACCUGGUCUGGCCUGGCAAGCUGCUCUACGCAUGACCGACGUCCAACUGGAGUUACUCACCGAUCCUGAUAUGUAUCUCUUUAUAGAAAAGGGCAUUCGAGGUGGCAUCGCUAUGAUUUCACAUCGCUUCAGCCAAGCCAAUAAUAAAUAUAUGGAAAAUUAUGACCCAACGAAGCCAUCAUCUUAUAUUAUGUAUUUGGAUGCCAAUAACCUUUACGGGUAAGUAUCCUUUCCAAAUGUUUAGAUAUAAUAUUUUCUCUAUUAUUUACUUGUGAUAUUCAUUAUUUUUAUUCUAUCUUU